CAUCUACAAAACCAUUUUACACCAUCUUUAAUUUUUGCGAGAUUUAUUUAGAAUUGCUAAUUAAAAUAUUCUUAAAUUUCGAAAUCCGCACAAUCUUUGUAGUUAAUUAUAGUUUCAGCACUUCAAGGGUUGAAUGAAUUGUUGGGUUCCCACAAACACUAAUUGCACAAAAUUGUAUGCUUACUAAUUGCACAAAAUUGGAUAUGAAACAAGAAUAAAUAACAUUGCCUUUUUUAUUGUACAAGAGUAGAAAUUCACCAUGCGCGUGAAAUCAAUGCAUCUAACCAACUGCAAUAUGUCAGUUUGUACAAGUAGUUGAAAAAAAAGGCCCAAUCUUUGUUUGCUAAAAAAUUGUAAUAUAUAUAUACACCAAGUUUCUUGAUUUCCAUACAUACAAAAUGGCAAUCACCGUUAAAUCAUGGAUAACGGUGUUAAUUGUGGCCGUUACACUAGCUACGGAACUUCGCCACGCAGUCGUUUCGGCCGAGCCUCAAGUUCCAUGCUUCUUCAUAUUCGGCGAUUCUUUAGUUGACAAUGGCAACAACAAUAACAUUCAAUCUUUGGCUAGGGCUAACUACUUGCCUUACGGUAUCGAUUUUCCCGUUGGGCCCACCGGAAGAUUCUCCAAUGGUAAAACAACCGUCGAUGUGGUCGCUGAGCUACUAGGGUUUGAGGACUUCAUUCGACCGUACGCCACCGCGCGCGGGGAACAAGUACUAAAGGGAGUGAACUAUGCGUCUGCUGCUGCUGGAAUUAGAUCGGAAACCGGACAACAAUUGGGAGCAAGAAUUGAUUUCACUGGUCAAGUGAACAACUACAAGAACACAGUUAAUCAAGUGGUGAAUAUACUAGGGGAUCAAGAAUCUGCAUCAAAAUAUUUAAGCAAGUGCAUAUAUUCAAUAGGUUUGGGAAGCAAUGACUAUCUAAAUAACUACUUCAUGCCUCUUUAUUACUCGACUAGUCGUCAAUAUUUGCCCGAUCAAUACGCCGAUAUUCUCAUUCAACAAUAUACCGAGCAAUUAAAGACAUUGUACAACUUUGGAGCAAGAAAGUUUGCGUUGAUUGGAAUCGGACAAAUCGGGUGCAGCCCGAACGCGUUAGCACAGAACAGCCCAGAUGGCGCCACGUGUGUCCAAAGAAUCAACGGCGCAAAUCAAAUAUUCAACGAAAAACUAAAAUCAUUGGUUGAUGAUUUCAACAGAAACACACCUGAUGCCAAAUUCACGUACAUUGAUGCAUAUGGAAUUUUCCAGGACUUGAUUAAUAGCCCCACAUCUUUUGGUUUUAAGGUGACAAAUGCAGGGUGCUGUGGUGUGGGGAGAAACAACGGGCAAAUAACAUGCCUACCUCUGCAAACUCCAUGUCAGAAUAGAGAUGAAUAUCUAUUUUGGGAUGCGUUUCAUCCUACGGAAGCGGCGAAUAUUUUUGUCGGAAAAAGAUCGUACGCCGCUCUAAAGUCAACCGAUGCAUAUCCAUUCGAUAUUCGUCGACUCGCUCACAUCUAAUUUUUACUAGUUACAAUAAUCAGACAUGUAAGGGUGUCAAAAACUUGUUGCAAAAUUUCUUUUAAGACACAGAGGGAACAUAAGUUAACUCGUAUUUAUCUAUCUAUCAGUUCGCGUCGACGACGUACGCCGCAAAAUACACGUGAUAGAAAUUGAUAUACUCAUGUCAAAGAAAAUGCAAACACUAAGUUAAUAAAAUCCCAUAAGGAAUC